ACUUUGAAGUGAAGAGGGCGGAGCAACAUACACUAACGUCAAGUUCAUGUUGGUUGCUAGAGACAUGGGUGGCGGAAGUCACAACAGGCACAAGGUUCGGCAGUCGCUGAAAAUCCCCGAUAGGCAACAACUACCCGAAUGAGCUGUAAUGCAAGACUGUGUGCCGAGAAGCAGGCGUGGCUUUUCAACUCCGUGAAAUCCGGGACGGGACUUUCUGCCAAGCCAUCCAGGAAAUUAACGAGAACAGGAUGGCGCUUACCGGCGCCGGCGGCUGCACUACCCCGCAGCUUAGUAACAAUGAACAGAUCAAGUUACUCAAUGCAGUGAAAAACCGAGAGAUCACUGUUGAUCAGGCCUGGGAAAUAGCACAAAGCGGCAAGUCUACAGUGCAGGAGGCAAGCGAACCAGAUAAAGUGCCUGUAAAAACAUCGUACAAUUUUUUUGUAUACAAGUACAACCGAUACAGAUGGCAGAAAAGAAUAUUGAUGAUUGAUUACAAUUCAAGGAUGUUGUGCAACAUUGAAAAAGGAAUGAUUAAAAAACAGUUUCCGUUUAAAUCGAUCAAAUCCUGUGAACAUAUUGAAGGGGAGAAGUUCAGCAUUUCAUUUUUAAUACACCAUGAUUAUGAGCUUGAAGCCACCUCAGCUGAAGAUAGGAUAAAGAUAAUCCAGCUUGUGAACCAAAUUAUUCAAAAUAAUAUGAAUGAUGUGCAGCAGACAAAUCCGAGUGCCGAUAGUCCCGUACAAAAAGAAACCGGGGUCAUAAAAGAGGGACAAAUAGAAUUACAGACAGGAGGUUUCACUUCAGUAAAAUGGAACGGGUACCACAUGCAGCUGUAUAAAGGAAAACUUUCUUUCCUGUCCCUGGGCAUUGGUGAAGCUGAUGAACAGUUGGGCUUGCCCCCAAACAUCAUCUACUUGUCAGAUGGUAACACAAGUGUGCACAAGGAAGUGGAAAAUGGGUCCUUCACCAUUAUUACAAAGAAAAACUGUUACUUACUUCGAAUACCAGUUACGGAGAAGUUGAAAAGCGCAGAAGAUUUAAGAAAGUUCCGGGAUGAAUGGGUUGAUGCCAUUGAUAAGUGCUGUUUGCAUUGGAAGAGGUUAUCUCAAUCACAGUUUUCUUCUGAGAAUACCUUCUAUGAGGUUAUUCCAUUUACACUGUCCAGAAAUGAGACAAAUGAACAACAAAUAUUGAAGCAGCCAGACUUCUAUGAAGACCAAAUUCAGGAGAAAGAACAGGAAAAAGAACAAAAAGCAAUUGAAAGGAAAAAAAGGGUCAAAGAAGAAUUUGAACCUACUUCACCUGUGAAGUCCCCUUUGCGAUCAUUAGCUAUUUCUCCUCUACAUCAGCAUGUUCCCACAUCUCCUGUUCAACACCAGAAGCCAGGCACCCCUACAGCACCUCCAAUCCCGGCUAAGAGAUCAAUUGGUGUGGUGAGGAAGACUAAGCCAUUCCACUGGGAAAAAGUUGACUUAGAAAGGAUACCCAAGUCUAUAUGGGAACAAAGCCAUGCAGAUAAAAUUCAAUUGCAUUAUCCAAGUCUGUUUGAUCAGUUUGCUGUACAAGAAAUGGCAACGCAGUUGGUCAAUGAAUUUUCCACCCAUCAGAAUAUUCUUCUGAAUCAAAAAAUUGCUCACAACUUCAACAUUUUUCUGAUAAGUUUUCCUGUCAAAGUGACCCAGCUGAAGAUGAAAUUGUUCAUUAUACGCGAAGAAGAUGGUGGACUGACAAAUGAACAGAUCACUUCUUUACGGAGGUAUGUCCCCACACCAAGUGAUAUUGAAAAAUACAACGCAUACAAAGGCUCUCAGUCUGAUCUCCAUAUUGUUGACCAAUACAUGAUGGAGAUGUGCAACAUUCCGUAUCUGAGCCAGAGACUGGAUAUUAUCCUUGCCUUACGAGAACUUCCAGAGACUAUUGAAGAUCUUCAGCCACUGAUAAGGCAGAAAAUCAAGGCAUGUUUGCAGUUGCAGAACUGCAAGCUAUUUGUUUCUGUGCUCAAUUAUCUUCUCGCAGUUGGCAAUUUCUUAAACAAGAAUGCCGGCAACGAAAUAGCAAAAGGAUUUUCUCUGUCAUCUCUGCCGAAGCUAGUUCUUUUGCGAGGGAAGGACAAGGCAUUCACCUUACUUCAUGCUCUUGUAGACCAGAUUAUGUCACAAGAGCCAGGCCUGACAAAAUUUCCCCAAGAGCUCACAGAAUUUGAAGAAGUUCCUGGAGAUUCCAUUAAGGGUUUGAUUGCGGAGGUGGAUGGUCAGCCAGUCAAUAUGACAGCUAUUCAUUUCUGGACUGUCUGCGUGAGAGAAGGACAUUGCACGGACAGAGCCUCUUCCUGCAUUGUUUUAAAGAAUGAGAUGGCAAAAAUCAUUCUACAUAAAAAGACACUCAAGCCAAAGAACAAGAACAGCUCAGACUGGCAGUUCUACAAUGAACUAAAGUCUAUAAUUCAAAAAUAUGAAGAUGAAUUGUCACAGUUGAAUAAACAAUGUGAUGAAAUGAAGACACUCUACAAUGACAUCUUGGUUAGAUUUGGAGAACCACAAGAUCGAGACUCAGAAGUAAUGUUCGGAUGGAUAUCUUCCUUCAUUAAAAAUUUUAAGAGAGCUGUCACAGAACAAAGCAAGCGAAGAUUGGAAUCAGCUCAGAAAUAAUAUGAACUUCUGCUAUAAGAAAGUUUUCUCUUUUUUUUUUGCUUUUUCAUGUUUCUCAGAGCAAUGCAGAAAUUAGCUAAAUUAGUAAUAGUAUGCCAAAAUUCAAUGUCCUGGAAGGUGAAAUGGGAACAUCAAUUUGUUCAUCAUACUUGAAGAUAUUUAUCACCUGUGUCACAUGCUGUUUGAGAGAACAAAAAGGGGUAAUAUUCUCAAGCCUCCCAUGAGUGUUAAUCACAUGAGCCAACUGAGGAAAACAGUCCUGGAUAAUUCAAUGGCCCAUUAAAUGGAUAGAAAAUCAAUUUUGUAAUGGAUAAUAAAGCACAUUAUGAAAAGAUCAGGUAUAUUGUCCGGGAUUUUAUUACUCUCUGGCACCGAUUAUGUGUGAAUGGUAACUCACUCUGGGCACGGUGGCACAACUAGUAGAUGGUUGUUUCACAUAGUCUGAGUUCAUUCCUGAUUUCCUGACUCAGUAAUGUGUGCUUGUUGUCCCUGUGAUCUUGUAGGUUUAUUCCAGGUACCCAGGUUACUUCUGCAUGUACAGCAUGGAUAUUGAUAGGUUAAUUAACCUCUGUAAAUUAUUCCUCGAGUGUAGGUAAGUGGCAGAACCUGAGAGGAGUUGCUGGGAAGGUGGGGAGCGUAGAAAGGGUUAAUGUAGGAUUAGUGUUAAUGUCUGCUUAGUAGUCAGUGUGGACUUAUUGGAAUGAAGGUCUGUUUUUGUGCUGAAUCUUUCUGUGACAAUAACUCUAUGACUUUAAAUGGAGGUAGAUGCAUUUUGACCAUAGCUGAGUUUUUAUAGAGUAUGUUUUGUGUCUGAAUUCCUUAGCAC